AUGGACGUGCUCUUUGACGGGCGCGACAAGUUGUACCUCGACAUCGGCUGGGAGAAGUUCGCGCGCUACCACGAUCUCGAAUUCGGCUGCGUGCUCACAUUCUCCUACCUUGGCGACGCGGAUAUGAGCGUCAAGGUGUUCGACAAGCGUUGUCGUCGGUACUACCACGACGACAACGAUGAGAGGACGAUUGAACACGCCGAGUCUGACGCCUCGCAAUUGCAACAAGGAGUAGAUGCUCUUCUCAACCUUGCAAUGGGUCCUGCUGCCAGAAUGAAUGAUGCUGCUGGUUCAAGUGUGGUGCCUCGUCUGAUUGCGCGAUCGGAGGGAGAUAUGGAAGUUGAUAACGAUCCUGAAGGCGCAGAUGACUGA